GGCGCUUGUUUUGGCGUCAAAUAUUCUAUUUCAUCCUUACAACCAUGUUCCAUAUCUCAUCUAAAUUAAUUUGUUCAGAAGUAAAGAAAUAAAACAUCUUUAUCUAAUAAUACAGCUCUAAAAAAACUUCAACUAAUCUUUUUAAUUUUCUGCAAGUAUUUUAAGGUCCAAUUCCCUUAAAAAAAGGAAAGAAAUGGAAGCAGUUGUGUAUUUGAUUUUUACAGCCAUUUGGUGGAUGACAUCACUUUCUGCCUUGUUGCCGUUUGUAGUUUUAUUAAUACUAAGCAAGACAUUUAGGGAUAAAUGGUUUUCGUUUGUCUUUUCAAAAGUAUGCGGACCACUGUUUGGACCAAGAUUUGCGUCUAAGCGCAAGCAACUUUUCGAACUUUUAGAAGAGCAUUUAUCGAAGAGCAAAAAGUCUGCCCCUUUAAAAGUGUUGGAAAUCGGAAUCGGCGCGGGUGCAAAUUUGCAAUUUUAUCCGGAGAAUUCUAAUCUCACUGCCUUGGACAUGAAUCCUUCCUUUAUUCAACAUUUCAACAAAAACAGAAAGAACUAUCCUCAGGUGAAUUUGGAUGAAAUAAUUGUGAACUACGCUGAAGAUAUGAAAGACGUUCCUAGCGAUGCUUUCGAUGUUGUUGUUUGUACUCACGUACUCUGUUCUGUGGAAAGCAUGGAUUCUGUUAUGAAAGAAGUAAAAAGGGUUCUUAAGCCUGGAGGCAAGUUUAUUUUCAUGGAGCAUGUUCGUUUUCCGAAAACAAAAGCAAGUUAUCUAGUUCAAUUGUUUGCUGCACCACUAUGGAAAAUAUAUUUUAACGGAUGCUGCCUGGAUCGAAACACUGCCGAUUUCAUAAACAAAGCUGGAUUUACAGACGUGCAUUGUGAAGUUACAUACUCGCCUACUUUGCCACUGUUUUUCCGACCGCACAUUUCUGGAAUCGCCACAAAAUGAAAACAAGGAAUUAGUUUAUUAAGUCAGCUGCAGAAAUUUUGGAAAUGAUGCAACUAAUUUGCUGCUUCGGUAUGCAAGGCUUCAAUUUCCCGAAGAAACUCGUUAGGAUUACAACUGAACAAAGUAAAAUUGUAUAUUGUUGUGUUGAUUUUUUUUCUUCAAUUUGUAAAUAUGUGCAAACUUUUCGUAAUAAAUUUUAUUAAAAUGUU